CAUCCAAUUUCACAUCCCUCAAAUUCAAAUUUCGGCACCUCUCUUCGAAAACCCUAGCGCUCUCCAUCCAUCUCCCGCUCACACUCUCUCUCUCUACAGAGGCGAUGAGGAAGGGAACCAAGCGCAAGGCUAAGGCGAAGCCUGAAGAGGAUCAGAAAAACGAGGCGAGCCAAUCGCCAGCUGAAGAAACCAACUCGGAGGGCCCCAGCCGCAAUGCUGAGCUGGAUCCGAGCAGAGGCGCAGCUGGAAAGGCCGGCCGGAAGCGAGCUAAGGUUGUUAAGCCGGAAACAGAGACUGAGUAUUUCGCUGAGAAGCGCAAUUUGGAGGAUCUCUGGCAGCAGGUUUUUCCGGUAGGCACAGAGUGGGAUCAGUUGGACAUGGUGUAUGAGUACAAGUGGAACUUCACUAAUUUGGAAGAAGCUCUUGAAGAAGGUGGAGAGUUACAUGAUAAGAAGGUCUACCUCUUCGGCUGUACAGAGCCUCAAUUGGUUCCUUUCAAAGAUCAAUCCAAAGUUAUAAUGAUACCUGUUGUGGUUGCUGUGGUAUCACCUUUUCCCCCAUCUGACAAAAUUGGUAUCAAAUCAGUCCAGAGGGAGACUGAAGAAAUAGUGCCCAUGAAGCAGAUGAAAAUGGAUUGGGUCCCUUAUAUACCUCUUGAGAAAAGGGAAUCUCAAGUUGAAAAACUUAAAAACUCUCAGAUUUUCAUCUUGAGCUGUAACCAAAGGAGGGCUGGUUUAAGACAUCUGAAGAUUGAGCGUGUAAAGAAGUUUGAGUACUGCUUACCUUAUUUCUACGAUCCCCUUAAGGAAGAUGAACUAGAGCAAAGCACAGUGGUUGACCUUUUAUUUCCUAUUGAUCCAAAGCCGGUUUUCUGCGAGUAUGAUUGGGAACUUGAUGAGCUAGAGGAGUUCACUGAUAAUCUGAUUGCGGCGGAGGAGUUGCCUGCAGAUCAAAAGGAGCCCUUUAAGAACUAUGUGAAGGAGAAAGUUCGUGAAGCUAAAAAAGCUAACCGUGAGGCAAGGGAAGCCCGUAAAAAGGCACGGGAAGAAUUGAGCCAAGAAACAAGGGAUGCAUAUAAGGAUAUGAAAUUCUACAAAUUUUAUCCAGUACCUUCACCUGACACUCCGGAUGUAUCUGGUGUGAAGGCUCCCUUCAUUAACAGAUACUAUGGGAAGGCACACAAGGUUAUAUGACAUGCUAUACGAAAUGGGAGCAACAGUUAGUUGAUGUCCGUUGUCAGUCUGCUUAGAGAUGGGAGUAAACUCAGAAAUCUAUGGAAUUUCCAAAUGCCAUGGGCAAUUCAUUGAGGGCGGAGUUCAGAGUUUCGUCCUUUAAUGGUGUAUAAGUUUUAGAAGUGAAGAGAACUAGGGAUAAUGGGUAUCAAACAGCCAACUUUAUCUUCGUGUUGGCACGCAUGUUUCUGUAUUGAUAUGAGAUGUCAAUUUAUGUGAAAGUUGAUUAGAAAAGUUGUAAAACCCCUUAGUUAAUCGUGACUUUCACUACUAAGCAAACAAUUUUGACAGUUUGCACUUUGCAGUCUGCAGUUUUUUCCUAUUCCUGUUUGUAUUAAACUGAGUUGUCAGUGAUCGGUUGUUUUUGUGUAACAAAGAAGAGGCAAUUUCAUGAUAUAAUUGAUCUUGAAGCUCCUUCAAGAGUGAUAGCUUCUAUUGCUUCGUGCCA